AUGACUACGGACUCGGAGGAUCACCUGUUUGCAUUUUUUACGCAUAUGCGCCUACAAACAACUCCUGAUGCGAUCAAGUGUAAAACUUUUCCCAUGUUCCUGGAAGGAAGGGCACGUCAAUGGUUUCGAGGGUUGCCCUCGCGGUCUAUUCGGUCCUUUGCUCAGCUUGCGCGUCUAUUCGCAACUCAGUUCGUUUCGUCUCGAGCCUUCUCCAAGAACACUGCUCACCUGAUGGAAAUUCAGCAAAAGCCCGAGGAGUCGUUGCUCGAGUACAUGGUAAGGUUCAACAACAAGUCUCUCCAGGUCAGAGAUCGGGAUGACAAGGUUGUCAUGGCUGCCUUCAUCAAUGGAUUGCACGUACAAAAGCUAUACAGGGAGUUCGUUGAAAAACCUCCCAAGUCUAUUCGGGAGAUGCUGGACAGAGCUCACGAAAGGGCCAAUGCUGAGGAGGCCAAUCGCUUGAAGAGCGAACAGGAGAGACAGAGGGAAUUUAGGAAAAGGAAAACACGGAUACGGGAGAUGCACGGGGUGGUCAACCGCGGAAGAAUACGUUCGUCCGCUGCCAAGGAACAAGGCCUUUGA